CCCUGCUGUGCACCCCGUCUGUCCCGAGUCGCUCUCGUCGUCAGAAUCGUUAAUUCAUAGCAAUUCGGUCGACUCCACUAGCAACGACGUUGUGAAUCCAUUCCUCUUAUCUCUAGAUACUCCCUCAACAGACUCCGAUCUUUGUCACUUCUGUCUCCAAUGGCAUACCGCGAUUCUCUCGACUCGGACCACCUCCGACUACUCCGACCAGUCUCAUUGUCUCACGACAACCUUCACUUUUCAGUCAUCACUGUGCGUCGCGCAGCGGUAAAUAGCUAUAAGUACACAGCCGUCUCAUACACCUGGGGGGACGGCAGCCCUUCCGAGACAAUCUUCCUAGAUGGUCAACCUUUCCCAGUCAGACCAAAUCUAUGGUCUUGUCUGUAUUACUUGGGCCUUGCUUCACGGCAUACCGAGUGGGAGUACCUCUGGGUUGACGCGAUUUGCAUCAACCAAGCCAACGAUGCAGAGCGUAAUUCACAAGUCCGCUGCAUGGAUCAUACAUACAGGAGUGCUACCUGCGUCUCUGUUUGGCUCGGUUUGAUACCUCUACCAAAGGGCCUACCCCGAAAUACUCUCGCUCCUAUCAAGACGCUAGACAGCGACGGAUUCGACUGGCGAGAAUCCAUGCUCGAGCUCGCGGGUCGCCCGUACUGGACUCGCUUCUGGGUUAUUCAGGAAUGCCUGCUCGGUUUAGAAAUCGAGCUCUAUUGUAGUAAUAACCGAAUAACAUGGUUCGACUUCCAGCGUAUCCUAUGCACAGAGGCAGAUGUCAACGAGUUUCCCCAAUCGGACGACCUCGAUCCUGGAGGGAGUAAGGCAGGGUCAUAUCCUGCCUUGCCACUCGUUAUGAGCCGUACGAUUGAUCGGUAUCCGGAACUAAUGCAACCGCUAUACGACCUCGUCGUCGCCCACCACCGUGCCAAAUGCAAGGAAACUAGAGAUAGGGUUUUCGCCUUGCUCGGACUUGUAAAGCCCGAGGAACGACGUAUGCUUGGCCGAUUCUUUCCCGAUUACGCCAUGGCUGAAGAACACGUACUCAUCAUAACACUCGCGCACCUAACGCAAUAUACCUUCGAGCUAGCCUACAGGGACCGCCAGCCGAUAACGCCUGAUUCCGAAGAACUUUUCCUCGGACUCGGGGUUCAGUCGAAGAUACGGAGGAGGGCGAUAAUACGUCGGGCGAAGUGGCUAGAUUAUUGUGAUUGGGAUGCGCAAUUGCCGCAACUGCUCGCCCUCCGAGACCAAGAAGAGCAAGACUUGGGCAGCGCGUAUUCGGAGGAGGCUGAAGAAGAAACCCAAGUACUUGAAGGUGCUAGUUUAAGGCCAGGCGGUGCACAACUUGUAAUUCUUUUGUUUUUCGCUCUAGCUGCCACCUUGGUCUGGUAACCUGGGCACCAGCCUUGGAAACUGUGUCAGGCGGCCAGCAAUUGGGCAUAUUGGUCUAUUGCCUACGAAGCGAGCGUGGCGUUGUUGUUACGUCUCU